AUGCCUGAGGAGGCGGCUGCGGCGAAGGGCACUGCGUCCCGCAAGGCGUCGAAACAGUCGCUGACUGAAGUAACUAAGAAGCUGCCUAAGAAGCGGAGAAAAUCUCGCAAGCAGAGCUAUUCCACUUACGUGUACAGGCUGCUGACCCAGGUCCAUGCUUCCACCAGGAUCUUAUCCAAGGCUAUGAGCGUUAUGAAUUCCUUCGCUGUCAACAUUUUCGAGUACAUCACCUCUGAGGCUUCGCACCCCAUUCACUACAACAAGCGCCACAGCAUCUCGACCAGGGAGAUCCAGAGCACCGUCCGCCUCAUGCUGCCAGGGGAACAGGCCAACACGCCAUCUCCGAAAUCACCUAAGCAGUCACCAAAUACACCAACUCUCUUUAGAUAG